CAAGAAGGAAAGAGAGCGAGCAGGGAGCCUGAUGUGGGGCUCAAUCCUGGGACCCUGAGAUCACGACCUGAGACGAAGGCAGAUACUCAAUCCACUGAGCCACUCAGGCACCCCUCAUCCUUUUACUUUAAACAUACUCAUUAUAUUGAAGAGGAACAGCACAGCAUGCUGGGCUCUGGAUUUAAAGCUGAGCGUUUACGAGUCAAUUUGAGAUUAGUCAUAAACCGGCUUAAACUAUUGGAGAAAAAAAAAACUGAACUGGCCCAGAAAGCAAGGAAAGAGAUUGCUGAUUAUCUGGCUGCUGGGAAAGAUGAACGAGCUCGGAUCCGGGUGGAGCACAUUAUCCGAGAAGACUACCUUGUGGAGGCCAUGGAGAUUCUGGAGCUGUAUUGUGAUCUGCUGCUGGCUCGGUUUGGCCUUAUCCAGUCUAUGAAGGUUGCUGAUCAGCUCUGUGCCAAGUAUAGCAAGGAAUACGGCAAGUUAUGUAGAACCAACCAGAUUGGAACUGUGAACGACAGGCUAAUGCACAAACUGAGUGUGGAAGCCCCACCCAAAAUCCUGGUGGAGAGAUACCUGAUUGAAAUUGCCAAGAACUACAAUGUGCCCUAUGAGCCUGACUCUGUGGUCAUGGCAGAAGCUCCUCCUGGGGUAGAGGCAGAUCUUAUUGAUGUUGGAUUCACAGAUGAUGUGAAGAAAGGGGGCCCUGGAAGAGGAGGAGGGGGUGGCUUCGCAGCACCCGUUGGUGGACCUGAUGGAACAGUGCCAGUGUCUAUGCCCAUGCCUGUGCCCAUGCCCUCUCCAAGUACUCCUUUCUCCUACCCACUUCCAAAGGGACCAUCGGAUUUCAAUGGAUUGCCAGUGGGGACUUAUCAGGCUUUUCCCAAUAUUCAUCCACCUCAGAUACCAGCAACUCCCCCGUCGUAUGAAUCUGUUGAUGACAUUAAUGCUGAUAAGAAUGUGUCUUCUGCACAGAUUGUUGGUCCUGGGCCCAAGCCGGAAGCCUCUGCAAAACCCCCUUCCCGACCUGUGGAUACCUAUGACAACUUUGUACUACCAGAGUUGCCGUCUGUGCCAGACACACUACCAACUGCAUCUGCUGGUGCCAACACCUCAGCAUCUGAGGACAUUGACUUUGAUGAUCUUUCCCGGAGAUUUGAAGAGUUGAAAAAGAAAACCUAGGUCUCUUACACCAGGCAACCUCCGGGCUCUGGGAUUUGAGACUCAGCUGUUUCUCCUUGUAACAAAGAAUCUCCAUGAAAUUCUUUUUCAUCUCUUAACCAUCACUGAGCACACUCUUCCUCUGGGCUCUCUUCAUGCUCUAAAUUCUGCUGCUUUCCAGUUCUCUCUUGCUCCUAAGAGACUAAUGAUUAGAGACUAUGAGGCCAGAGCAGCUGACUCUGGGCAGCUGGGCUUGUCUGUUUCUGAGUGUGAGCCCAGGUUUUCCCACCACCUGUCCUUCUGUCCCUCCAUAGGGGAGUGGGAAGGUGAAAGCAUUGUGAGGAGAGCUGCCAAAGAUGGCUGGACACGGAGAAGAAUACUUCAUGAAGUCUCUUAGCCCGGUGCUGAAGUUCUAGACUUAGAAACAAACCCCUCUGUACAGAGGGGUUUGUGGUGAGCAAGAAUCAAAGCAAAGGUGUGCUAUGAAUGGGAGAGACUGACUCUGGAAGCCACUGUAACAGUUCUUGGAAGCUGGGUCCUCUCAUUGGCAUAUACACUACUCCUUGCUGCAGGGCACUAUUCUACCUGGAUCCAGUUACAAAGUUUAUUGGGAAAGUUGAAGGCUUCUCUUAGUUCUACUGGAUUCUCAGGGAGCCCUCCGUGGCCUUUUGCUUUGAGUGCUGUGUUCCCUUUUACCAGAGGGCAGCACUGCAUAAAUUCCUAUUUUUCCCCAUAGCAUGUUCUGUUGGACUGCAUUUACUGGCGAACAAAGGACAGGUCACACACUGGGCAGAAGUCACCAUUCAAGGCUAAGGUGGGCUGCCAGUUGCCUUAAUAGAAGUACUCAAGUCGCUUGGGUAGUGAGCUGGAAUGCCUACAGGAGAAGGAAGGGUUCCUGUUUUCAUUUGAAAACUUUAAGAGAACCUUUAAAAACUGAUUUCAGAUAAGUUCUUGGUGCCCAUAAAAAAUGUGGCUAUAGUUGUUCACUACUUUCCUAGGCGGAUGAGACUCUUACUAUUGUAACUUAAUGUGUUCCUUUGCCCCUUAGCUGAGGCCAUCGUUCCCCAGAGGGAUGGCUUUGGGAUCAGAAGAUACGACUCUGGCUUCUGGGUAGUGUAAAUGUACACACCUGUUUCAAGCAACUUUAAUGUUUUUGAUUGGUUUGUAUCUCAUAGCUCAGUAGCUGAUAAUAAAGUUAAAAAUCCUGUGCCCUGCUUUCUCCACUGCUUUGGUCAAGUGAUGAGGUGCAGAUUUGGAUUUUAGUGGAGGGUAUUUUAAGCAUGUGACCCAUGCUGGGCACCAGCCCCACCCUACCUUUGGUUUCUUGGGUAAUGUGGAUGCCUGCAGCAAGGAGUCCAUUUCUGUUUCUGUAUUUAAGCCCAGAUAGCAUUUGUGAGUUUGCCUGGUUUAUCCUCUGGGACAGGGCUCCCCAUUAGCCAAACCUCAUGCUUGUAUCUUUGAUUUUAAAAAGCGGCAGUGAGCCCACCUCUGACUCACACAUAUUUCCCACAGCCAUGCUGAAAACAUUGGCGGUGAGUGUUUCUUUACUUGCUGUUUGGCAGCAGAGCUGGAUUAUCCUGUAUCACUUUUGUAGUGUUUUUUAGCUUUUAGCCCUUGCCUCACAGUGAUCCAUAAACCUAAACCCUGAUGCUACGGGGAUUUUGAUUCCUCAGUGAUUUACAAAAUUAACCAUGUAUUAUAAAUCGGUAAUUUUCUAACCUAUACCAUGCAAAUUUUAAUUUUUUUAAAUAUUUGAGAGAGCACAAGCAGAGGGCGAGGGAGAAGCAGGCUCUCUACUGAGUAGGGAGCCCGACACGGUGCUCGAUCCCACCACCCUGGGAUCAUGACCUGAGCUGAAGGCAGAUGCUUAACCAUCUGAGUUCCCUAGGUGCCCCAAGGUAGUUCAUCUUUUGAAACCUCAGUAUUAAUGCCUGUUGCCAUCACGGCUGCUCACGUGUUCUGGUGCCGCUGGAUUCCUAGCAAACUGGAGAGCUUCUGUAGCACCUUAUUGAUCAGUGCACCUUCUUUCAGAGUCUAAUCAAAGACAAAAGGAGAAAAGUGAGGGAAUUAAAACUCAUGCUAAUGUUGGAGGGGAAAAGUACCAAAAGAUUAAAAAAUAGUAUUAAUAGUAAAGAUACUCUUUCCUUUAAUGAUUAACUGUCAGGCAUUGGAUUGUUUCUGCUACUUAAUAGUUGAGGAUCAGCUAUUUUAGAACAGUAGAUGUCCUGUAAACUGGGUGUUCUAGGAAGAUGGUUCCCAGAGCUACGGAGACUAAUGAAGGGACUAUUCUGAUACUGUGCAUUGUGUCAGUCUGUAGUAGUAAGAGCAGCAACAAUGGAGUUUUUCUAAUGAUAAAAUCAUGACAAGUUUUUAUUUCAGUUACAAGUUGGAGUGUUACCUACCUUAAGGGACUUACUUUCUUUACCACAGGCCAUGAGAAUGACUGAAACAAAAAGGUUAAUGAUCACAAGUACCAUCAAGAAGACACUGGUGAGAAUCAGAAAAGAUCCCAGGAUUGGGUCUAAAGCAAUAACCUGGGAAGAGACAAUAAAAUAUUUUUAUUUUAAACACUGACAGUUUAACUGCUACUUUAAAAAUGUAAGUUAUAUGCUAAUGUUUGUGAUAUAUUCACAUAAAAUAUUCGGUGGAAACUAGGGGGAGAAGCAAAACUAUUAAAAAGGAAAAUGCUUUUGAGUGGACAGGUAAGUCACAGUGGCACUAUAAAUGAUUCAAAGCCCGUGUGAGUUUUGGCAGCUCUGGAAAAUAUAUCUAAGCACGGAAGCUUGAAAGAGUAGCAAAAGCAUAUUGAAAGAAUAACAUCAGAAAUCACAAAAACUGUCUCUGCCAUUCUAAGAACCUCUAUAAACACAGGAGCAUUCCAAUAAAAUUUAACAAGUUAACCAUAAAAAACUGGGGUUUUUGUUUUCUGGGGGUUUUUUAGUGUUGUCUUUUAAAAAUAAGUACUGAGUUUGCCAUUCUUUAAUUUUCAGCAUGACGAGAUCAUUCUCAAAUACAGGGACAAUGGUGGUUUCCAAAUAAGAGUAUUUUAGUUUACGUGUUCAUUUUAACAAAAGACGUUUAUUUUCCCUUGGUAUUGGCUAAUUCACUGUUGCCACUAGGGUACUGUUUAAAAAAACAACAGCCCAACAACUUAGAGGAUGAACGCUUAUAAUAACUAUCACUGUGAUGGAAUCUGUAUGACCAGAUAAUUGCUUCAUUAUAGCUACUCUAGGUCAACCAUGUAACCUGCACAAUCUUUGUGAUAUAAAACUUUUCCUAGUAAGUAUACUCCAUUUUCCGUUCACAUUGUAUUGUUAUGAUUAAAGUUUAUGUUUUUGUUUUAA